UGUACUAUCAUCAAAUUUUUGCUUUCCCUCUAACCGUAAGUUUAUUUACUAACGUGCGUUUCGCUAUUUUACCCAAUAAAGUAUAGUAAACCCUAGUACGUAGAACGAUAAGUUUGCUUUACUUUUGAUGCAAAAAAGAAAAUGCGCUCCUUUCCUUCACCUUUGCUUUCCACCUAAAGGAAAAGACAAACCAACAUGUCAGCCAUUGGAUCCUUGGUUUUUUGCUCUGAAUGCGGAAAUCUUUUAGAAAGUACUACGGCACAAUGGACCACAUGUGAUCAAUGUCAAUCUGUUUAUCCAUCUUCGCAAUUUGCAAAUUUGGCUGUUGAAACGAAAAGUGGACCCAAUGCUUUUCCUUCUGCUCUGAAAUUAAAACAUAGUAUUGUCCAAGUGGAAACACAAAAGGAGGAAGCUGCGACGAUUGACGAAAAGUGUCCUAAGUGUGGUAACGAUCAGAUGACUUUCCAUACCUUGCAAUUACGAAGUGCCGAUGAAGGUUCCACUGUCUUUUAUGAAUGUCCUAGGUGUGGUUACAAAUUCAGCACGAAUAAUUAAAAGAAAAAGCAGGUGUCUUCAAUUUGGGUCUCAUGUCCGGUUCUUUUUCCUCUCUCCUUACGAAAGUGAAAAAUAAAAAAGCGAGGAAAUAGGUAUAUUUCUUCAUUUUGGGUUAUUUUUGGUUUGGUUCAUCGGUUAAGCUUGUAAUUUGUCUUUCUUCUUUUUUUUUUGGAUUAGGUUUCUCUUCUCCAUAUUUAAUACCCUGGAGACGACCAUUACCCUUGAACAGACGGUACAUUAACUAUAGUUUUCUUGAACUAUAUAACUAUAUCGCAUACUAUCUAGAAAGCUUUUCCAUCGUUUACAGUCGUUCACUUCUUUCCUUUAGUGGUCCUAGACAUGCAUUUCAUAAAAAAACAUACAUAGAAUAAAAGGAAUGAUAAAUGGCUUUAUGUAUCUGGGAUGUCUGAUUACGUUAUUUUUAUACUACACCUAGACGAUUUCGUUUUUGUAGUAUCGUAUGUUAUGUAUUGUCAAAAUGUAUUUUAUAAAACUUGAUUCUCUGAAAACUUUUAUUUAUGGAAAAGGAAUGUGUCAUAAAUGAAAGCGACUACUUUAAUUUGGC